GAUUCCGAGGGUGGGAUUGGGAGGAGGGCGAGCGAACCGGCGGGCGUGGGUGCGUGUCUGUGUGGGUGGCGGGGCGGGGGCGCCGGGGGGACCUCCAGGACUCCGUGAAGAGGGCGCACCAUGGCAGUGCCGGGCGAGGCCGCCAGAAUCAGGGCCCAGCCCGGGCCCGGGGAGGCGAGGGCGGCCCCCGCGGCGGGCCCGGACUGCCACUGUCGCGCGGGCUCCCCAUCGUCCCGGGACUCGGGCUGCCGCGGCUGCUGGGGCGACCUGGUGCUGCAGCCGCUCCGGCGCUCCCGGAAACUUUCCUCUGCGCUGUGCGCGGGCUCCCUGUCCUUUCUGCUGGCGCUGCUGGUGAGGCUGGUCCGCGGGGAGAUCGGCUGUGAUCUGGAGCGGAGGAAGGAGGCGGCGGCGGAGGAGGAGGAGGAAGCUGCCCCGGGAGCAGAAGGGGGCGUCUUCCCGGGGCCUCGGGGAGGUGCUCCCGGGGGCGGCGCGCCGCUCGGCCCCUGGCUGCAGCCCUCCGCGCUGCUCUUCAGUCUCCUGUGUGCCUUCUUCUGGAUGGGCUUGUACCUCCUGCGCGCCGGGGUGCGCCUGCCUCUGGCCGUCGCGCUGCUGGCCGCCUGCUGCGGGGGGGAAGCGCUCGUCCAGAUUGGGCUGGGCGUCGGGGAGGAUCAUUUACUCUCGCUCCCCGCCGCGGGGGUGGUGCUCAGCUGCUUGGCCGCCGCGACAUGGCUGGUGCUGAGGCUGAGGCUGGGCGUCCUCAUGAUCGCCUUGACUAGCGCGGUCAGGACCGUGUCCCUCAUUUCCUUAGAGAGGUUCAAGGUCGCCUGGAGACCUUACCUGGCAUACUUGGCCGGCGUGCUUGGGAUCCUCCUGGCCAGGUACGUGGAGCAAAUCUUGCCGCAGUCCGCGGGGGCGGCUCCGAGGGAGCAUUUCGGGUCCCAGCUGAUCGCUGGGACCAAGGAAGAUAUCCCAGUGUUUAAGAGGAGGAGGCGGUCCAGCUCCGUGGUGUCCGCCGAGAUGUCCGGCUGCAGCAGCAAGUCCCAUCGGAGGACCUCCCUGCCCUGCAUCCCGAGGGAACAGCUCAUGGGGCAUUCAGAAUGGGACCACAAACGAGGGCCAAGAGGAUCACAGUCUUCAGGAACCAGCAUCACUGUGGAUAUUGCCGUGAUGGGUGAGGCUCAUGGCCUCAUCACCGACCUCCUGGCAGACCCUUCUCUGCCCCCCAACGUGUGCACAUCCCUGCGGGCCGUGAGCCACCUGCUCAGCACACAGCUCACCUUCCAGGCCAUCCACAAGCCCAGAGUGAACCCAGCCAUCACCUUCAGUGAAAACUACACCUGCUCCGAUUCUGAAGAAAGCUCGGACAAAGACAAGCUGGCUAUUCCCAAGCGUCUGAGGAGGAGUUUGCCUCCUGGAUUGUUGAGACGAGUCUCAUCGACCUGGACAACCACCACCUCAGCCACAGGCCUGCCCACUUUGGAGCCUGCCCCCGUGAGGAGGGAUCGGAGUGCCAGCAUCAAAGCUCACGAAGCACCUUCAUCCAGUGCUAUUAAUCCAGAUUCUUGGAAAAACCCGGUGAUGAUGACUCUCACCAAAAGCAGGUCCUUCACUUCGUCCUAUGCUGUUUCUGCGGCUAAUCAUGUAAAGGCUAAAAAGCAGAAUCGACCAGGUUCCCUAGUGAAAAUCUCACCUCUUUCAUCGCCCUGCUCCUCACCUCUCCAAGGGACUCCUGCCAGCAGCCCGGUCAGCAAAAUUUCUGCAGUUCAGUUUCCAGAAUCGGCCGACACAGCCGCCAGACAAGGCCUGCGUUCCCACCGGGUGUUAACUUACACGCAGAGUGCCCCUGACCUUUCGCCUCAGAUCCUGACGCCGCCUGUUAUCUGUAGCAGCUGUGGCAGACCAUAUUCCCAAGGGACACCUGCUGACGGGCCCCUGGAGAGAAGUGGGGCAACCAUCCAGACACCCAGCAGAACAGAUGAUACCACUCAAGUUACCUCUGAUUAUGAGACCAAUAACAACAGUGACAGCAGUGAUAUUGUACAAAAUGAAGACGAUACCGAGUGCCCAAGAGAGCCUCUGAGGAAAGCAUCAGCUUGCAGCACCUACACUCCUGAGACCAUGAUCUUCCUGGACAAACCAAUUCUUGCUCCUGAACCUCUUGUCAUGGGUAACUUGGACUCAAUCAUGCAGCAGCUAAAUACUUGGAAUUUUCCAAUUUUUGAUUUGGUGGAAAAAAUAGGAAGAAAAUGUGGCCGUAUCCUUAGUCAGGUAUCAUACAGACUUUUUGAGGACAUGGGCCUCUUUGAAGCUUUUAAAAUUCCAGUUAGGGAAUUUAUGAAUUAUUUUCAUGCUUUGGAAAUUGGCUACAGGGAAAUUCCUUAUCAUAACAGAAUCCAUGCCACCGACGUCUUACACGCCGUCUGGUAUCUCACGACGCAGCCUAUUCCAGGCCUCUCAACUGUGAUUAAUGAUCACGGAUCAGCAAGCGAUUCGGAUUCUGACAGUGGAUUUACACAUGGACAUAUGGGAUAUGUGUUCUCAAAAAUGUAUAAUUUGUCAGAUGAUAAAUAUGGGUGUUUGUCUGGAAACAUCCCUGCCUUAGAGCUGAUGGCUCUGUACGUGGCUGCAGCCAUGCACGACUACGACCACCCAGGAAGGACCAACGCUUUCCUGGUGGCAACCAGUGCCCCUCAGGCGGUCCUCUACAACGAUCGUUCGGUUUUGGAGAAUCAUCAUGCAGCUGCCGCAUGGAACCUUUUCAUGUCCCGGCCAGAAUAUAACUUCUUAGUUAACCUUGACCAUGUGGAAUUUAAGCAUUUCCGUUUCCUUGUCAUUGAAGCAAUUUUGGCCACUGACCUGAAGAAGCACUUUGACUUCAUAGCCAAAUUUAAUGCCAAGGUGAAUGAUGAAGUUGGAAUAGACUGGACCAAUGAGAAUGAUCGUCUCCUGGUUUGUCAAAUGUGUAUAAAGCUGGCUGAUAUCAAUGGGCCAGCCAAGAGUAAAGAGCUCCAUCUUCAGUGGACGGAGGGUAUUGUCAAUGAAUUUUAUGAACAGGGUGAUGAAGAGGCCAGCCUUGGGUUACCAAUAAGCCCCUUCAUGGACCGUUCUGCUCCUCAGUUGGCCAACCUUCAGGAAUCCUUCAUCUCUCACAUUGUGGGUCCUCUAUGCAACUCCUAUGAUUCAGCAGGACUGAUGCCAGGGAAGUGGCUGGAAGGCAGCGAUGAGUCAGGAGAUACCGAUGACCCAGAAGAAGAGGAGGAGGAAGAAGCACCCAAUGAAGAGGAAACCUGCGAAAACAAUGAAUCUCCAAGAAAGAAAACUUUCAAAGGGAGAAAAAUCUACUGCCAAAUAACUCAGCACCUCCUGCAGAACCACAAGAUGUGGAAGAAAGUCAUUGAAGAGGAACAGCGGCUGGCGGGUGUAGAGAAUCAGUCCCUGGACCAGUGCCCCCAGCCGCAUUCCUCAGAACAGAUCCAGGCCAUCAGGGAAGAAGAGGAAGAGAAGGGGAAGCUGAGAGGAGAGGAGACCCCACCCCCAAAGCCAAACCAGUGACAGUGGAUAGGAUGAGCUGUGUUUCCGAACAGAGUGACUUGUCACAGACUCCUUUCAAGCCAGCACAACACUUAGACACAACACUGUAGAAAUACAUGAAGAUGGGCAAACGGCUAUUUGCAUUUUGGGAUUCUUCGCAUUUUGUGUUUAUUUUUACAGUGAGGUUAAUGGUUUAAAAAAAAAAACAACUCUUGCUCAGAGAAGCUUUCACAUUGUAACACCAGCUUCUAACGGAUUUUUUUUUUUCAAAGGAAGACAUAGAUAUGUGUGUGUGUAUAUAAGUUCUCACGUACAUACAUGUAAAACAUAUUCACAGACACACACAUACCCACUGAAAGCCGGGAUUACUGGCGCCACAGUUUAGUAACACUCAUAUUAAGAUAUAUAGUGGUCACUGUGAUAUGAUAUAGUAAAUCAUAAAGGGAAAGAUGAAGGAGAAACAAACCACAAAGGAGAUGGUGCGGCUUAGAAGGAAACCAGUGCAGCAAAUGUGGGUUACACUAAGCAGCUUUUGCUCUUAGUACUGAGGGAUAAACGCUCCAGAGCAUUGUUUGAAUUCUUACACAUCCUGCCAACGUUGCGCGCGUGUGUCUGAGAUAGAGAAGAUGGAAAGGGUGCUCGCGUGUAUGUACGUCUGUGCGUAUGUAGAGAUUUUUGUGCUUUCAGUUGUUCACAGAAUUGCAGCCGACGACCCAGCACAUGUGAACAAACAGGAUGAAGUUCACUCUGGAGGGUCUCUGACAGACAGCCACUGCAAACACCUUCCAUCUGGCUUCAGGCAAAGCCCCUCUGCGGAGGGAGGGGAUGGGCAGGCUGGGGGAGAGGGCCCUGGGACUGGUACUACUGCCGUGCACCACUUGGAGGCUCUCUGUCACCAGCCUUAAAAACCAGGAAGACAGGCAUUUUCCAGUCUCUUCGCCUAAUGAAUGUAAAGGAGCUAUUCGUCUGUGAGUAUGUCUGUUACUCACCUAAGAUCAGGUCACCAGUUAAGGGGAUGCAUUCUUCACGUGGAGACGCGUAGGAAGGAGCUGGAGUCGGGUCUUCCCAUCAGGUUAGAGUUCUAAAAGGUUGCCAGAGAAGACUUGGGAAAUGGCUCUUAACAGGGCUCUCCCAUGUCUCAAUUGGCUGCAGAACAGAAGAAAAAAGGCAGGCAGGUAAACAGAAACCACUUUGGGAUCAGCAGUGAAAGGUGAAGGGCUUCAACCUAGGGCCUGGUGGUUCUGACACAGUGCAAGCCUGAUUCUUGGCCACUGUUGACAAGUGGCUUUUGGGUGGCGAGGGUGCAGCGACAGCCCUGCUGUGGUAUUUAUUCCAAGCGCGGUGUGCUGGGGUGGCUUCUCGUGGCAAGGAAGACGCCAGAGGGAUGUGGCGGGACUGGGCCUAUAAUGGAAAGUCUUUUUUGUUUUGUUUUGUUUUGUUUGGUUUGUUUAUCUACACUUGUUUAUGCUGUGAGCCAAACCUCUAUUUAAAAAGUUGAUACUCACGUUCAAUAUUUUAUUUCAUAUUAAUUAUUAUAUUUGUCAUGAAUAGUUAUCUUGGUGUAAAUAUACAAGAUUUGUUUUUGUUUCUGUAGAUAGUAAACUUUUUUUUUAAGGGAAAAGGGAAACUUUUAUAAAGUUCUAUUUUAAUCACCAUUUUGAUACAUUGUAACUAUCUCCAAGCCCAGUAAGAGAGUGAUGACUUAUUUGCAUGGAGGUCUAUGACUAGCCACUCAUCUACAUAUUCUAAUUUAAAUGAUAACCUGAUACAGUUAUUUUAUGCCAAUUAAAUGAGGAUGCUGCAAAGAAUGUUUUUUCGCUAGUAACUUUUGGAUCCAUGUCACGCAAGUGAAAGACUUUCUUAAUAUCAAAUGUUUAUAAAUGGUGUCCAUUUCUUCCCAGCAUUUUUUCAUUAUAACUCUUCCUUUAGUACCACACCCGGACCUGCUCAUCAUCUAAACAAUCUCAGCUUCCAGUAAACCCUGCUGCUGGUUUCUACUUUAUAUUCCAUCUGAAAUCAGAGAAAAAAGCAUGUCUACAUUUAAAAAAUGCCUUUAUUGCUCAUAAAUGGAUAGGCUUCCCUUCUGAAGCAAUGAUUUUUACAAUAAUCCAUGGCAUUUUUUUAAAUAAGGUAAAGAUAAUACAAUCAAAAUAAAUGUGGUUUCAGGCAAAUUUCUCAAUAAGUAGGAAAAUAUGAAAAGGAUCAAAUGGAUGCAGACUCUACCUAAAUAAUGAAAAUCCUUUCUCUUUUUUUUUUUAACACCAGGUCUUCAUUAUUCCUUUUUUUUUUUUUUUUUAAGUAUUGCCUAUGUGUCUCUGUUUGUAAAACUUACUGUGAGUCAAACACAUUUCCCCAGUGAACAUAACUAUUCUCCUUCCAUUGCAAAUAACAGAAGGGGGGAAAAAAGCAUUUAUACUCAUAUACCUCUUGGAUCUAAUUAACAAGAAUAGUAUUUUCCCUUGCUCCAAAUGCCAUAUGUCUCUAAAAUAAAUCAAAGUCAAGGGAAAAUCUAGGUGUGCAAGUAGAAUGGUAAAUAGUUGUGGGUUCAUAACUGUAUACUGGCAGCUUCAUCAAAGCUAUACAACCCCAGAUAGGGGCCAGCCUGGCUGCCAGAGUAGAAGUUUAAGGACACACUGCCUGGUUUUGUUUUAUUUUCAAGACGUGAAAUAAUGAUGGCCAAAGCAGUGAGAACCUCAUCAGUCUAGGCAGAUGAAUCAUUUUUUUUUCUUCAAAAAUAAAUUGCCAACGUAUUAAAGCUAGAAGUCAAUUCAAAUAAAUGAAUGGAGAAUCAUCAAGGGUGUGACUUUCAUACACACCUGGUACAUCGCAAAGGAUGCCCCAGGACAUGAAACCCUAUUUUCUGCUAGUGAUAGUCUCCCCGCCCUCGGUGACAGCAAUAUGACUGUGUUCACUUCCAACUCUGGAGCUUACUUCCUGUGGUGCCAGUGUAUUUGUUGCAAUUUACUACAUUUUUAUAUGAGCCUAAUUAUAUAGGUGCCAUUAGGUAAACUCAGGUCUUUCAAAUGAAGGAAUGUCUCGCCCAUUUAGGGAAAAGGGUAAUUGUAUAGACAGCCAUGGAACUAAGGUAGGAAAGGCUGGAACUGGUGGCCUUGCUCCUCUGUUAAGGAAAAGACCAGGUAGACUGAGAGUCUCAUUGAUGUCAUUUCCAGCAUGCUAAUGGAAUGUCUUUCUGGUUAUCUAAGCCAGUCUUGAGAAUAUUGUUUGCUUGGUGAAAACACCACUUUAGCAUAUUUUUUACACUAUUACUUGUUUUUUGUCAUUUCUGUUAAGACCUGGUUUUGCUCUCAGUUGAAGAUGGAUACGGUAGCUUUGUACAGGGAUUUAUCUAUAUUGGUCUUCAUCUGAGCAGUGAAGGAAUUUCCUCCUAUUAUGGUUAGGAAAAUAUCCACUUUCUAAAAACAGAAUCCCCAAUUGUGUCUGUUCCGUUUUGAUGCAAUCCCAGAACGAAUCCCAGCCAUUGCAGUCCCAAUAAAGCUAAAGACAAGGGACUGUAUGUCAUGCAGACGUCAUAUUACAUGUAUGUAUUAUAAUUUCCUCAUGUCCCUGCCUCUCUUGAUUUGCAAUUUUACAAUGUCCCCCUGUCACUUUCCCAGAGGACUUUCUUUGAAGGUAAAAGCUGUGCAAAAGGCAUGAGACUCAGGCCUAUUUUUUUUUGUUGUUUAAAUGAUGGAAAAAUAUAAAUUAUUUUCUAAGUAAUAAAGCUAUGAAAAUUAUCAUUGUAAAUAAAGUCUAAAGUUUGAAUUGACUGCUUUACAAAAGUGAACUGUUUGUGUGGUGAACAACUCCUGACUAAUGAGAAGUGACUCAUCCAAACAUCAUUUCUGUUCUACUUUGGCAGGUAUUUUUGGUGCUUCCAAGUCAGUGUGGGGAUCGCCCCUGUCCUUGUCAUUUAGGGCAUUUCUAAAAUAAUAAUGAAAACCACAGAAAAGGUCUUGUCCUUCUCUCCAUCCUAAGUCUGAUUCCCACCUGAUGCUUCUCCUGGUGUAUGUGCCAUUUUGGAAAUCAACUGCCUUUUCCAACUGGCAGAAGGCUCCAGUAAAACAGGGUUCUGUCAACUUCCAGGGUCUAGAGGAAAUCGAAUUCCCUGUACUCUAGAGAUGAUCAGGUAAUGAAUGGGUGUGGGAAAAAAUAAAAUCUGAAAUGCUAACAGCUCAACUCCAGACAUUUCAGCACUAAAAUAUCUAUAUACUCUGAAACCAAACAGUUUCUUUCAUUUGCCCUCUCUCCUAGCAAGCAGCAAAACAGUGUACGACCAGUCAUUCAUCUCUCUCGUGAGUUUUCUAUGAGUAAAACUAUGAACUUUCUGAUCCUGUCAGUCCAUUUUUCUAACCUACUGAACAAAACGGAACUUUAGGAGACCAGUUCGCCAUUUUAGGUCAAGAGUGUUCCAAAGUUAAAUUAUUCUUAGCAUUUCUAAUCAGAGCGAAAUAUACCAGUUUUAGGUCCUACAGGAGUAUCAGUUUGUUCUCUAGAAAAAUAUUCAAAUUACUGAAAAUUUGGGAGUACAUUAAACUUUAAGCACUGACUCAAUUAAUUACAAACAAUGCAUUCGAUAAAGAACUUAAGUUGGGAUUUGCAUAACUGUUGUAGUUUUGCACUGAUGAACCAUGGCCAGGGAGGAACAAGAACAUAUUUUUCAAUCUUUUGUACGCACUGUGGACGUUGGGCAGUCUGUCCUAUUACCUAACAGAUUUCAUCUGUUAGUGCGAUGCUGUUUCUACCCUACCUGCACUGAUCCUUAAGUUCACACAAUCAGAUCACUCUAACAGUAGGCUAACAAUGGAGACAAAAAAUAAUUGAGCAUUUUGUUGCUAAGUAUGUUUGAAGACACAAAAUUGAAGACUAAGGCAUUGUUUAGUUAGUGGAACUCAAUAUGCUGAUUCAAAUCUACUGAUCAGUAUAAAUUGUGUUAGCAGAGCUAAGACUAUAGGCUAUAAUGUGAUGAUGUACAGACGGAAAACAAAAUUGGCUUUUGACAUAUGCUGAAAGCUUUUAUGAAUCCAAAUUUCCCAUCUAAAGGCAGCUAGUUCUUCUCCAUAUCCUACUUUUAAAGUUGAUUACCUUGACGGGCACUGGUAUGGAUUUCUGCUUCCCUGAGGCAUUGUGGAGCCAAGAAAAGGCAAGCUUUCUUAUUGAUAAGAAAUACUGAACAUAUCCAAGUUCAGACACAUUCCUUCAUUAUUUCACAUCAAGAAGUGGUUUUUUGAUCAUGCUAAUAAUUCUAAUAAAAAAUGCUUCAAAGAGAAGAAUAUUAAAUCCUAUGGAAGUACUAUCAAGAAUUUUAAAUUUAUUUUUUUGAAGCAAAGCUGUUAAAAUGUUUUAAUCAGCUAAAAUGAAACCAAUAAAAUGACAUUUCAUUGUAUAGAGACACUAAAUAUUUUGAUAUAAUCACAAGUAUUAUGUAAUAGGAAACUGGAAAGAAGAAUAUUUAAUUAUUUUUCUAAUGCCCCUCAUGCCUCAGGGAAGAAAAUGUUUUAUGAAGAGUCCAAUAAAUAUGUGAAAUAGGUAAAAAUAAAUUUAGUCCCCAUAAUUAAAUUAGAUUAAGUGUACAGAUUAUAGUCUUGAGUUAUUCCCCCCUAAAAAGGAAUGUAUUAUCCAGUGAUUUGUUGUGGAUUAGGUUAUUUCAAAAUAAAUGUUUUGUUAAUACAGAUUAUGUUUUACUAUAUUCUAACACCAGCAACAACCCCAAUACUUAUCUUCAUUACUAAGAAAAAUCUUAAUCUUGACUUUCAUAGAGGAAACACUGACCAACCAAUAAACCACACACACGACGUUCAUCUGCCAAGAGCAGUCAAAUGGCAGGUUGGAAUUUGAAAUUCACCAAUAGAAAACGGAUAAAAAAUGUUUUUAAAGCUUAAACAGUUUAAAUUUUUGGUGUCAAUAGAAAUACCUAUUUCAAAUGAAACACAGGAUAGCAGAGAAUUAUUUCUUCUUUAAAGUGGAAAAACAAAGUUAAACUCAGGAGCAAAGUAUGACUUCUCUCCAAUUUUACUUCUCUAACUCAAAAUUAGUAAAGGAAAAUUCAUCAGAAAUUCUCUUCUGCUAAAAUAAGGAGAAAGAUGCCUUUCAGUCCAAGUUUUAACUCCCCACACCCAGUCUCCAUUGUGCAGCCCAUGGUACUGAACAGCAGAAAAAACAGCUGUGGAUUGGGAGUGAACACUACAUGAAAUAUGAAGGGCCUUCCCAGGACACCUCGCCGUCCUUCUUCUGGCAAACCAAUUUAGUUAUCAGUUACUCUGGAGUAAAGGGACUAAAUGAGUCCCUGUUUCAACUCUGACUUCCUUUAUGACAAUCAGCACUUAUACAAUUCGGAUUGUGAACUAGCCCUUAGCUCUUGGAAACUGCUGCUUGAGUAACUUUUGAAGGAAAGGAUUUUUUUUUUAUUCUAUUAAUUUUACUCUCUAUCUAAGAGCAAAAUAUUCAGAUGCUUUAAUGUGAAAUUAAAAUUGUUUAAAGAUGUUUUGUGUAUAUAAGCUGUUGGUGAAUAGACUUCUCAUCACGUUUCCUUUAAAAAUGAACUGAUUAUUUUUAUGACUCAAAACCCCAUAUUAUACCAGAUAUUUCAAUUUAGCUAUGUAUAAUAAUCCAGUACUCGAGUAUUGCUAUCUUUAAAUAACAACCCUGACAUACCUAUUUAUCACCUGUCAGUGGGGUUUCAAUGGCUUGAUUUUAAGUAUGUAUUUGUUCAUUAGUUUAAAAAAAUCACUAUUUUAAAUACUCUGUAAAAUAUGUGCAUGGGAUUUUUGCCGUAUUAUAUUUGCAUAUGUAUAUUUUUCCAUUUUUUUCCCAUUUAUGAGUUUCAGUUCAUUUCCUAAUACAUCCUCACAGAAGAAAGCAAACCAUUUUGGUUUGAACAAGAAUAAUUUGUUAGUUGACAAGCACUGGAAAUAAAUAUCACUGAACCUACCACCUUCUGAUAUUUCUUCCUAGAAAUUUUUUAAUCAUACAAAUCACAAAAUGAAAAUUGGUGCUUUUAUAUUUUAUAGAUAUUCUGAAACUCUCAAUGCAAAAGAAUAAAAACAAGAUUCUCCCUAGCUUUCUAUAACAGUAUUAGGAUAUGCAACUGAAAGAACUUUAACUUGAAUUCAGAGUGUUUUGGGUUUAGGUUGGUUCAGUUAAACUCAUUUGGUUUUUGGUGUUAAAAAUUUUUUUUUCUGAUUCUCGAUGGAGCAGUUGUUCUGAUCAGUCAUUACCUCUUCCUGCUAAAAACUUUCCUUGGAAAGUUCAAAUUAGUAUGUCCCAAAUAUUUGUCCUGUUGGAUAUUUGUAAACCAGAAAGUGUUGAAUUAAUUUAAUUUAGUAUUCCUAAAAAAGCAAUAUUUUGAAAUAACUGCCAACCAAAGCAACAGUGUAAGGGACGUCAUUUGUACAUGAUCAUUUUUAACAAUGUAAUUCUCACCACUCUCAACAAACCUGAAUGUUUGUUAAUAAGUUUCCAAAUCCAUCGACUUUUAGAAACAAAAGAGUGAGGCACUGGACUCACGUGAUCAUUUUGCAAUGGAAAUAAAUCCUGCCCUCGCACCUGUAUCUUGCACUUACUAUAUAUAGCAAUACUGCCUAUCAUCGUGCCACAAGUAUUUGUUACGUGACUUAGUUAAUGGCUGAUAAAUGUUUUGUAAAAUGUAGAAUCUGUACAGAAAAAAUAUUAGAUGAACUGUAUUUAUUUUUAUUAUUUUUUAGCUUAGACACUAUAAUGAUGCUCCUUUUUCCCAGAAUUACUGGAAGUGCCUCUUGGUUUUAUAUAUACAUAUAUAUUAAUGUUAUGGUAAAUACAGAACUCAAAAUUAUUAGAAUUGUGUCACAGAUGAUCAAUGUGGAUGUUAUAAUGUGAAGAUAAUGUAUCAAACAAAUAUAAUUCUGUGGUAUCAUGUUUGAUGUAGUCAUUUGUACAACCCAAGUCCUUCAUCCAGUUUGGAAGGCAUCCUUUGCUCUCAUAUCCAAAUGCAGUAGGCUGUUUCCCACCUACACCGCAGUGAGACAAGGACUCCUGGGGGUUUCUGUUCCCAUGGUCAUACCCCUCCCUCUAUCACUGAUGAAUCCUUAGCUGCAUUAAUUGUCAUCUAAUUUUCUGCAGCUAAGCAGUGCCCUUUCUCUAAUGAACAGUUAGCACCAAAACCAAGAUACCUGGAA